AUUACGUGACGCGUGGAGCCUGCGGCCUAGGCCCUGCCCCGCCCGCUCCGGCUGCUCACGCGGCCGCCGCCGCCACCACCGGGUUCCCGGUACCGUCCCCGUCCCCUCUCCGCCAUGUCGGCCUCCUUCAGGAAGGCCGCCAAGUCCGGGCAGCGGCAGCACCGCGAGCGGGCCCAGCCCGCCUCUCGGAAGAAGCUGGGGCUGUUGGAGAAGAAGAAGGACUACAAGCUGCGAGCAGAUGACUAUCACAAGAAGCAAAAUGCCCUCAGAGCACUUCAGAAGAAAGCUCUGGACAAGAAUCCCGAUGAGUUUUAUUUUAAGAUGAUAAACACACGGCUCAAGGAUGGAGUUCAUGUAAUUAGACAGCCAAAGGAUGAAGUGACUCCUGAACAGGCAAAACUGAUGAGGACACAGGAUCUUAAGUAUGUAGAAAUGAAGAGAGUGGCAGAAGCCAAGAAAAUUGAAAGGCUGAAGUCCGAGCUCCAUCUGCUGGAUGCUGAGGGGAAGCAGCCCAACAAGCACGUGUUCUUUUUUGAUACUAAAAAAGAAGUUGAAGAGUUUGAUAUUGCAACUCAUCUGAAUACUGUUCCAGAGCUAGUAGAUAGAGUCUACAACCGACCAACCAUUGCAACAUUGCAGAAAGAGACACUGAAAGGAGCUACUGAUCCUGUCCAUUUAAAGAAAUUAGACCAGCAAAGGAAGAAUCAGUAUGACCUCCUGAAGCAGCGCAUUGAGCGAGAAAAGAGCAUGUUCGUUAUUGCUCAGAAAAUCCAGACUCGUAAAGAUCUUUUGGACAAAACUCAGAAAGUAAAGGUGAAGAAAGAGACAAUGAAUAGUCCAGCUAUUUACAAAUUCAAAUAUCAGCGGAAACGUUAACCAUUUCCUUGAAAAAUUACACCCAGUCUCUGGUUAGAAAGAGGAUUCUCCGUAAGAAGAAGUACUGAUAUACUGCCAGUAUCAGUUUGGUUUUCAUUGCAGCCUAGUGCUUUGUUAAAAUAAAUUACUGUGGGCCUGCAGUAGCCAUAAAUAUAUUUUAUCUAAUUAAUUGAUUAAUAAAUCAAAGAGUUUGUUCUCUUGGUAUUUACAA